AAAAUAGCUCGAGAUUCUCAGCUAGAUCUUCACUUUGCCUGAGUCACCCGAGGGAAUCAGACAUAGUCAGUCAGUCAGUCGUUUGACCGUGUGCUUGGCUCCAACUUUCUGAUUGUUUCAUCCUCCGGAAGACACCCACCAACCAACUUCAUCAUGUCUGAAAACAAACAAAUUGGUGACAAAUACGGAAUCCAUCCUAGAGAUGUUGAAAAGAUCAGAUUCGCAUUCGACGUCUACGACUUCAAGGGUGAUGGCAAAGUCGACGCUUUCUAUAUCGGCGACCUUCUCCGCGCUUGCAACCUGAACCCCACCCUGAAGACCAUCGACGAAAUUGGCGGCCAAAAGGACAAGGGCAAGAAGAUGAUGGGGGUUGACGACUUCUAUCCCAUCUUCAAAUCGGCCAAGGAAUCCAAGGACACCGGUGGCAUUCAUGACUUCGUGGAAAUCUUGAAGCUUUAUGACAAGAACGAGGACAACUCCAUCCUCGGAAAUGAGCUCUACAGGCUGCUGACCAACUUGGGCGAGAAGCUCACCAAAGAAGAAGCCAAGAAUCUUAUGAAGGAGUUGUGCGAACCCGAAGAUGAUGAGGGUUUCAUGCCAUUUAUGCCUUUCCUGGAACGCAUGUGCGCAGGAGAGGGCUAAAAAGUGCAGAUACAGAUGUACCUCAUCACCUCCAUAUCCAACGCAUCCCUUCCGAUUCCCUUUCCUCUCUUUGUGGAAAGUAUCCGCCCCCAACAAUGGCUCUGUUUAUUCCUUCUCCUGACCCUUUAUUUUUUAUCUGAAAUAUCUUCCCCUCCUGGGCUGGAACGCUGACCAGAAAGUUCCCAAGAUCAAAUUCCUUUCCAUCCAUUGUCAUCAAUCCCCCCGUCAACAACACCCAAACCAUCCACCAACAUCAAUCUCCUCCACUUCUUGUGGGGGACCUAGUGUCCUGACCUUCCGUUUGUGCGCGCCCACGCUCACGUUUGGAAGGAAGGGGUGAAUAAAGGCCACCAUGAUUUGCCUUUUGUGAACUGGAUCUCCUUCAGCCAUCAUUGGAUUCCAUCUGUCACAAAAAAGAACCAUGGCGAGUCUGUCUCUCAAUAAAUCAAGUAAUUGGUCCCCUCAAUCCUGCCAACCAACAGAGAACGAGAGAUCGAGAUUAAGAGCGGAAAGAAAGAGAGAGUAAAUGAAUGAAUGAGCGACUCAACGAGCGAGCUAGAGCCUCCUAAGUCAGUCGCUAUGAUAUUUCUAGUUGAAUUUUGAUUGAACUGCCCCGAACACAUGACCAAAAAAAGUAAAUGCUGUUGUACAUGACGAAUAGACUCUCUUUUGCCGUUAUUUCAACGUGAUGAGGUUCCCUUCUUCAACCACUCCUUCUUUCUCAUCUCGAAAAGCCAACCAACCGCAACACCAAAACCAGACCAUUGAAGACAGACUUUGAGCGUAGCAUCAAGAUUGAUUCUCAAGUGAAGAAGCAUCGACAUCAACACAAGUGACAACGACAAUGACGACCCGAGCCUCAUCAAAGGUCUGAAGGCCUAGAAGAUCUUAUCAGACAACCACCAUGAUGAAAUGACGCUACCAUCGGCCCAAAUUGUCCUUCUUCGAAAUCGACCAACAUCGACCGCCAUCUCUACUCAUCCACCAAGAGAACUACGACGUCUUGCUGCCAAAAGUAUUCUUGUGAUAGUUGCAAACAUAAUUUUCUCAAACAAAUCUUGUCUAAUGAAGAUGUAAAUUUAAGUUGCUCUCUGGAAUGAAAAUUGUCUUUUAUUUGUUGUUUAUUCAAGAAGACUCGACUAUGGAUGACAGGUCAAUCUUAGACUAGACAAGAGUACUCUUCUACCACCCUGGCGUCAUAUUCAGCAAAAUAAUAUUCAUUAUCACUUA